AUGACGAUAAUAUUAAUUAAGUCGUUUGCCGCAGUAAUCCUAGCGAUUUUUCAGUUCUUGGUGAUAGUAACAGCACAACGUGCUCUUGAUGGACAAUCAAAUAAUUUAAAUGACCCAAAUGCUGGUACACCUCAAUCACCAUAUAAAAGAGAUAUUGGAAAACAAGCGUGGCAAGAUGGAAUAGACGCUAUGAUUACAACUCCUGGAGAUUAUACGGCAGUUGUACCAAAAGGAAAUGGUGCUUGUGCCGUUCCUGCAUUGGAAGGAUUAUUUCCUCUUCCAAGAUGUGUUAGUAAUUUGGUUAAUGGAUUACAAGCUAAAUUAGGUGACGAGUUUGAAUUAUCGAUUCAGGACACAAAAAAAUCAAAGAGGAAAAACUCUCAUAUGUUAACAUUUUGGGGACAAUUCGCGAACAUGGACGUUAUGAAUACUUUGUUCAAUGGAGAAAAUUUUCCUGCCGGUAUAUUUAUUCCUUCAGAUGAUGCAACCUAUACAUCAGAAUACGUUUUGGGUCCUUUAAUUCCUACGGUGCAACAAGAAAGUUUCCCAUUUAAUAGAACAAAAGGAGCGAGUAAUAGGAAUGGGAUUAAUGAGGUUACAUCAUUUCUUGAUGGUUCACCAAUAUAUGGAGUUACGAUAGAUCAAUCAAUGAAAGUUCGUGAAGGAGUUCGUGGAAAACUUAAAUUAAACUACGAUGAAAGCACCGAAGAUGGUAGUUUUGGAUACCCGCCUGUCAAUGAUAAUGGGGAAUAUGCCUUUGCAUUAACUACACGUACAGGAAAAAAUGUAUUCGUAGAUACCAUCAUGCUUAUCCUUAUGAGAGAACAUAAUCGCAAAUGUGACUUAUUAUUCGAGAUACAUGGGGAUACUUGGAGCGAUGAACAAUAUUUUCAAGAAGCAAGAAAAUGGGUCAUUGCAAUCAUCCAAAGGGUCACUUCGCUUGAAUACCUUAGUAUAGUAUUAGGAGCUCCUUUACCUAAUUAUUCAGGAUAUGAUUCUGCAAUGACGCCAGCAAUAGAUACGUUCUUUUCAACGGUUACUUCUCGUUAUGCGCAUUCCGAAAUAAGUGAUGUAUAUAAUAUAGUUGAUGAAUCUGGUUAUAAACUUACUGAAUUGCCCCUUAGGUCACUUAACACCCCUAAGCUCAUUGAAAAAUAUGGGGUUGCAACGUUGGUUCUUUCGAUGGCCCUUCAAAGACAAGAAGAAAUUGAUAUUUUCUAUGCUGAUCAAAUGAGAGUUCUGGUUAACGCUAAAACUGGAAAGACUACAGACGUUGCAAGUCUAGACAUUGUAAGAAGUCGUGAUCGAGGAAUGCCAUUAUAUAACGAUGCGAGAGAGGCAUUAGGAUUAAAAAGAAAAACUCAAUUCACAGAAAUUUCAUCAAAUACAGAGGUACAAGAACGUUUACAAAAAGCUUAUAAAAGUGUGGAUCAAGUCGAAUCUUUCAUAGGAGGUUUAGCUGAAGAUCAUGCAAAAGGAUCGAUUUUAGGAGAACUCUUUCAUAAAAGCUUCACUCAACAAUGGAAUUUGAUUCGUGAUUCGGAUAGAUUUUGGUUUGAAGGAAAUAAUUUAGGAUUUACACGUGACGAAAUUAACGAAAUUCGUAAUAUAACUUGGCUAUCAGUUAUUCAAAACAACAUUCCCAAAGGUUUUGUGUUUCCAACAAAUAUUUGGAGCGUUCAACCUAUCUCAACAUUUAACACAUCUACAAUUGAGGAGAAUAAGCCUGCGCAAGAUGAUUAUCCUGAACAAAAUGUUCUUAAAUUAAGUGAAGUUUAUGAGAUUAGAUGGAAAAUUAACGAUAAAAACAUUGAUUUUAAAAUAACAAUGCUGAGUUCAAAUGCAUGGUUCGGAUUGGGAUUUAAUCCUUCAGAUACCGGAAUGAUUGACGCUGAUAUGAUAAUUAUAUGGAACAAAAACGAUUCAACUUUAUCAAUAAAUAACUACCUAUCCAAUCAAUAUGAACGACCUAAAGAGGAUCCGAACCAAUUUGUAGAACAAAAAAAUACCCCUACUGUAUUAAGCGGUUUUACUCAAGUUGAAAUUACACGACCAUUAGUUCCUCCAAAUGGACGACCUCCAAUUUCAAAUAAUGUAAUUACAAUGAUUUAUGCUUGGAAUCCAAAUUCAAAUGAGCUAUCUUAUCAUGGAGGAAAUCGUGGAGCAACCAAAGUUAAUUUCUUUACAGGAGGAGGAUCUGUUGCUAAUGUUUCUAUUCAAAAUAUUCAGGAUACUCGGUUCAUUCAUGGAAUCGCGAUGUUUUCAGCUUGGGGUAUUCUAUUUCCUGCUUCGAUAUUUAUUGUUCGAUACUUGAAGCACGUUGAAACAUACAUGUCCCGGCAUCGUAAUUUACAAAUGGUUGGAGGUUUAAUCGUAAUUACUUUUGGAGCUGCGGCCAUGGCGACCGUCUCUAAACAUGGAAGUAAUUCGCACGACAUUUUGGGAUUGUUAAUUUAUUCCACUAUAUUCCUUCAACUUGGAUUGGGUAUCCUCGCUAUAUGGGGUCUUGCCGCAGUUGAAUCAGCUAGUACAGGAAUUGUUGUCGGAUUAAAACAUCUUCAUUUUUAUUUAGGCUUCGUAAUAAUGAUUCUUGCUUGGUGUCAAAUAUACGUUGGAUUAACCUUAUAUUCAAAACAAUUUAACGUUGUGUCAUAUACAUGGAGAAUACUUUAUUUGAUUUGGUUGGCGGUCGUGGUAGCAAUAUAUGUUAUAGCGGAGUAUGUUUAUAAAUAUAAGAAUUUGCAAUUCUUAUGGCCACUUAGAGAAAAUGGAGAUAAAAACAAACGCCUUUAUAAUCGUAUACCGGAAGAUGUUUUUGAACAAUUACCAGCAAUAAGUUGGAAUGAUUUUAAUUUAAGGGUUAUGGCAGGAGCACAUCUAGUAGUAGCGGAAGGGUUAGUAUUUGAUAUACAUAAAUGGUUUAAAAUACAUCCAGGAGGACAAAGGAUAUUAAGGAGAGUAAUUGGUACCGAUAUUACACAAGACUUUUUCUUUGACCCUACAGAUCAAAUAGUCAUUAAUAGGGCAUUUUCAGAAAAUGAAAAAAUAAUGAAACAAAUUGAAGAAACUAAAGAUGUAAAAAGUUUAAAGAAAAGGAAAUUACCUCAAGCAAUUCGACCUAAAUCGAUAGCCAAUACCGUGGAUUUAAUUAAUAGUACAACAUUUAAAAAUUCGAGGGUUGCGAUGCAUCGUCAUUCAAAAUUUGCUACGGCCAAAUUAGCUACUUUGGUGGUAGCAAGAAUAUCAGAUUCAACAGAGGAUUAUGGACAACAAAAGAAAGAUGAUGAUUUUAAUCCAAUUUCUUCCAUGACCCCAAUAAUUAAUGCACCACCUACACCACAAAAUAAUUCACCUUAUAUAUUUAAAAGAUAUAUUUUAACUAAUAUCGAAUAUGCUACUAGACAUGAUGCUGAAAAUCCUGUUAAAAAAUUAACCUUUCAAGUCAUUCAUCCAAAAGACAAGUUGCCAAAAUUUCUUCCCGGUGAUUAUAUUGAAAUCAUGAGUUAUGUUAACAAACAUAUGGUAAUCAGACCAUACACUCCAUUACAAGGUCCUUCUGAUAAAACAUUUACAAUAUUGGUCAAGAUCUACAAGGAUGGUGCCAUGUCACAACAUUUGGAAAAACAACUGAGAAAUUUCGAAAUAGCUGUUCGAGGACCAUUUGAUGUAGCAGAUAGGAUGUAUACACCGCCACAGGUAUCCCCAUAUCAAGCAAGUAAAAUACCAACAUCACCGAUAAUCAGACCAUCAAGUCCCAAUUCCACCGCUAACCUUAUGUAUGGGAAUAGUAAUACGAGCUUAGCUCGUAGUGCAACGUUAUUAAGACAAAAUAGUGUAAGCAAUAUUCAACGUAAUUAUCAACCAAGUAAUUUUGGUUUAGAUAGUGUUUAUGGUGAUGAAAGUUAUUCGGUGAAUGGUAAUAGUGAAGCUCACCAACCGUCUAAUGGUGGUGUAAUAAAUAAUAGGGUAUUAUUAAACCCUGCUAGGGAAGAUCAGUGUUGGGAUACAUUGUUUAUGGUUUGCGGUGGUACGGGUUUAACCCCUAUGCUUCAAUUGAUUCAAUAUCAUUUGGAUUGUGCGGAUAGUUUCGGGUCAACUUUUAAACUUCAUUUGCUCUGUGCAAAUACACAAAUAUCAGAUAUCAUCUCGAUGAAAUAUUUAGAUUUCCUUGCAUCAACAUCGGAUGGUAAAUUUACGGUAACUCAUACCUUAACAAAACCUCCACCGAUAUGGAGAGGAUUAUCAGGACAUUUAGACGAUAAUGUAUUAUUUAAUUGGAUAUCGAAAAAUUAUCAAAUACCACCUCCAGCAAUACCACCAAGAGUUAAUUUAUCCCAACCACAAACACCACAACAAAUGAUGUUAACUUCAUCAUAUAAUCCAAAUUUUAACGAAUCUCUAUAUAAUUAUUCGGCUGCUACACCACCUCUUUCAUCACAACAACUACCCGCUUCAAAUAUAUCUAUGGAUGGUAGUGAUGGUAACCCUAUGAGAAAUAGCAUACAACCUUUUGCGUUUAGUAAUUUUCAAUCAAAUAAUGAAAUGAAUGUAUUAUCUGAAAGGCAAGAAUUUAUGAGAAUGUUAAGUCAAGAUGCCACUCAAUCUUGUAGAGUUGCCGUUUGUGGUCCUUUUGGCAUGAUGGAAGGUGUUAGAAGAUCAUUGGAAAGGAUCGGUUUCCCAGUUGACGCAAAAGUUUUAUUUAUUCAAUAA